AUGUCGAAUGGUUUUUCCAGAAUGCUACAGAAAAGGACAUGGACUCUAUGUGGUACUCCUGAGUAUUUAGCUCCAGAAGUUAUCCAAAGUAAAGGUCACGGGCGAGCCGUGGACUGGUGGGCUUUGGGUGUUCUCAUCUUUGAAAUGCUUGCAGGGUAUCCACCAUUUUUUGAUGAUAAUCCCUUUGGCAUCUACCAGAAGAUCCUGUCCGGAAAGCUGGAGUUUCCACGGCAUCUGGAUUUCUAUGUAAAGGACCUAAUCAAGAAGUUUCUGGUGAUUGAUCGGGCAAGAAGGCUUGGAAACAUGAAGAAUGGAGCUGAUGAUGUGAAGAAGCACAGAUGGUUUAAGUCAGUAGACUGGGAUUCUGUGCCCUGUAAAAAACUCAAGCCACCCAUAGUUCCCAAGGUAUCUCACGAGGGUGACACGUCUAACUUUGACACCUAUCCAGAGGAUGAGUGGAAGAAGGACACACCAGUACCAGCUAAGGAUCUGGAAAUUUUCAAGAACUUCUGAAAAAAUAUUAUUUUUAAUGACUAAAAAGACAGGACUGGUAGAAGAUAAUGAUUUAGAGCUGAAGAUUUAACCUAACCAUUCAGGGGACAUCAAAAGGUCAUAGUUGCAUUAUAGAGGCAUGUCCUGCACACUUGAGAAACCGAAACAGACAUCUUCUGAUCAUCAUUAUUGUCAACAUAAUCAUGGUCAAAUAUUUACAGAGGAAACCAUUCAUCACUUCAGCAUCAUCUAUUAAGUGAUGAGCAACUUGAUUCAACACCCUCUGAAUCUCUUAUAAUAUGCAAAAUUAAUGCUUUUAAAGCAAUAUCAAGGUUCUUUUUGCUGGGUCUUCGCUUAUGCCUAAACAUGUAUGCUCAUGGUUGUGUUAUGGCUUUAUAUAUUAAAAAGCUUGCUGAAUUGGAGCUUUAAGCCUGACAAAUUUAGUUUUCUGGUUAUCUGAACUUGCUGUGUUGAUCAUUUCCUCCCACAUGGUAUUGCUAUAUAAAUUUCGUAACAUUGGGCCUGUUUCACACUGCACUCUCGGGCAGGCAUGUAAACAAAGCAAAAGCGUAACUGCAACAUUAUGCUUUUAUACUGGCAGCAUUGUUCCGGCUUAACAACCUAGCCAGUCUAUAAAAAAAAAAAUGCAUAGUCAAUGUAAAUGACACCAAUGUAUUUUAAAAUGAUAAAAAAAAAAUUAUAAUUAAGACUACAAAAUGUAUAGACUGAAAUGUCAUUUACAUGUGGUUGUAGGCCAUAUUUAAAUCCAAAAUAUCAAUCUACAGAACCCAAAUUUCAAAUUAUAGCGAUGACUUAGAUUCAGUCAUAUUUACUAAACAAAAAGUGCUGCUGUGUGUGUGUGUGUGUGUGUG